GCAACGUCCAACCUUGUAACCUCGAACGAGAUCAGGUGAGCUUCGACUUGUCAAACCGCAGGUCUUGUGGUUCAGUUUGCGACAUUGCCUGAAAACCCAAAAUUGAUCACUGAGAUGCCAUCAGGAGCUCUCUCCACACCUCUUUCUUCGAUCGACACAUCUUAUUGCUGAUUGUACCAAACAGCUCUCCCGAAUGGCGAACCUUCCGUCACAACAUCCAAAUCUCUCUGUACACCUGACCGACCGAGCUCUGACUCCACUCAUCACGUCUUCACGCUCGUCGCAUAAACUACAAUCCCUCUCGUCCUUGUCGCAUACGGCGCUCGUUGCGCAUGAAUCGGCAUUGCGUCUGGGACUUGGCAACCCACAGCGCAUCAUGGUGGAGUAUGCAUCGAACGGGCCGGUACUACUACACUCCUUUCUAAUACCUACGUCUCCUUGCCAACUUUUGGCGAAUGGUCAGGGGGAUUUGGCAACGGAGAAGGGCAUCCAAGGUCAGACGGCUGGGGAAGAUGAACCGACUCUCCGGGGAGAAGCUAGCACGAGUACGACACCUCGACAACAAGACGAGCCCGGGGCUAUAGAGGGCAACAGCAAUGCGCCCCCCAUGUUGUUAAGUACUGUCUUAGCACCCACGGCGGAGCAUACGCUGGAGAGCCGACGAGCCGCUGCCCGACUCGAGAGGGUAGGAAGAGAAGUACAGGCGAAGUGGGCUGAGGCAAGCCAAAGGGACGAAUUUACUGCUGGAGACUGAGGGCAUACCAUCCGAGAACCGAAGACGGACCAAAGAUUCUGCGAUAAAUACCACAGUCAUGACUAUCGGGUGGGUAUUGGGUGAAGGCCGCAACGGGACAGAGAAGCACAGAAAACCAGACAGCUCAGC